CGGUUUAUGGGGGAGGGCUAGUAAAAUAUGUAAUUUUGGAUUGCUCACGAGUGGAAUUCGACUAAACUGUAUCCAGGGUUGCCAACUAACGCAGCUGGCGUAACACGCUUUCAGAGUCUCACUUUCACGCAAGAAAUCUUACGGCAAAUCAUUAUUAUUCCAUUAAAACCCUAAAAUAAGAUACAUCAAAAGCGUUGGGGUAGUUUGCGAAUCCUACAGACUAUUUACAAGGUUUAUUUACCAGUGCCUUAAAAACGUGAGCGCUCCCAGCCUUGUAACUCUCCGGCCACUGCCUCGGUCACCGUUUUGUGGUGUCCCAAGGUCAGCACUAGCGAACUUUGCACCCACGCACCUCCUCAUGGUUGAGCAGAAGAGCGUCGAAAUCCUAGACCUCUAUGGACCUCCCCCAGAGGUCCGUGGUAUGACCUGUUUGGACAGAGAAGCCUUCGGCCACACAGUGAAGGUCCCCACCCUGCGUAUCCAAAAGGAUGUCCUCCAUAAGGCGGUGAAGAACCUGAAGAGGGUGGCUUUGAAAAGACCCGGUUUGAAGAGGGUUCUCGAAGUUGCCGGCGAUGAGAGCCACAAGCUGCUGCUUCUAGACCCGGCCAGCGUCUCCUCCCCCACUUCCUUCAGUGAGGCAGAGAAGCGGACGCUAGGGGACCUCGGGGUCCCCCUGCAGAUUGGGCACCAUGAGCUGCGGAUCACCUACGAGAACCUGAAGGCCGACGAGGUGCUGCGGGCCGUGCUGCCCGAGGGCCAAGAUGUCACGUCGGGGUUCAGCCGCGUGGGACACAUCGCUCAUCUAAACCUGAGGGAGCACCAGCUGCCCUACAGGAAGCUCAUCGGCCAGGUCCUUAUAGACAAGAAUUCGGGGGUGACCUGCGUGGUCAACAAGACCAACACCAUCGAUUCCACCUUUCGCAACUUCCAGAUGGAGGUUCUGGCAGGAGAUGGCAACAUGGUGACCAAGGUGAGGGAAAAUGGUGUGUCAUAUGAGUUUGACUUCUCACAAGUGUACUGGAACCCACGGCUCAGCACUGAGCACGAGCGGGUGGUGGACCUCCUCAGGCCAGGCGACGUGGUGCUGGAUGUCUUCGCGGGUGUGGGCCCCUUCGCCAUCCCAGCGGCCAGGCACGGCUGCAGCGUUCUGGCCAACGACCUCAACCCAGAAUCCCACCGCUGGCUGCUGCACAACUGCCGGCUCAACAAGGUGGACGGCAAGGUGCGCACCUUCAACAUGGACGGACGGGCCUUCAUCCGGGGCCCCCUGCGGGAGGCGCUGCCCUCUCUGCUGCAGGGCCCUGCGGAGGUGCAUGUGGUCAUGAACCUGCCGGCCCUGGCACUGGAAUUUCUGGACGCCUUCCAUGGCCUGUUGGAUUCAGACUCAGAACCGGAGCUGGUAGCCAGGGCCCUUCCACAGGUGCACUGCUACGGUUUCUCCAAGCAGGAUGAUCCCCGCCAGGAUGUGGUGGACAGGGCGUCUGCCAGCCUGGGUGUGCGGAUGGAAGGCCGCUGCUCUGUGCACAUGGUGCGCAAUGUGGCUCCCAACAAGGAGAUGAUGUGCAUCAGCUUCCACCUUCCCAGAGAGGUGCUCUUCUCCAACCACAGUGUAGACAAGGAUAGCCCAGAGGAGCCGUCUUCAAAGAGGCAGAAGUGCGGGGAGCCCACAGACUGACAGCACGCAAGGGCCACGGUUGGCUGUUCAGUUAUUUUUUUUUAACAGACCUAUAACUUUUGCUAAAUAUUUCUUUUCACGAUGAACAAUGACUUUGUGCCGCAGUGGGAUUUUAUGUAAAUCUGUUACGGAGGUGGAACCUUAUCUGUCUGCAGACACAUUGCUGUUUAUAUGCAUGCAGUGUAGAGGAGCUGCAGGAGCUGGUCCAAUAAAACCUGGAACUACA